GAGUGUUAAACUAUAUUAAGUUGAUUAUUGAAUUAUAUCCAAAAAAUUUGCUAAAUAGAGAUAUAAAAUAUCCACAUACAUUUUAACUGAGAAGUCAUGUUUUUCAUGAGUGAUUGAAAGAAAAAGUGAAAUCUUAAUAUUUUUAUCAGGACAAUAUUCCAAAUGUCCUUGGUCAAACUUCCAUAUGCAUAAUAACAAUGGCUGAAGAUUGAAGAGUGAUAAUUUAAUGAACAAUACAGCAUAGUUUGAUCUUCAUGAAAUAAGCAAUGAGAAACGAACUCAAAAAUUGACUACUUUGAAUUUACUGUACAAGGAGAAAUUCGAGGUGAGAUGGUAUCCUUGGGAGAUCCACUUACAUCAAAUGCCGUUCUUUCGGCUCUGCAAAUCAAUAGUCAAGACAAAAUAAUUUCUAUAAAAGAAAAUAUAAAUGCAGACUCCAAUUUCGUAAUUACACAUCUCAUAAAACAAGUAAUGUACGAGAAGAAUAGGUUAUGCUUAGUUAACUUUCAUAACACCAUAGAACAUUACCAAUGUAUUGGUAAAAAGUUAGGUUAUGAUUUAUUAAAAGCUGUGAAUGAAGGAAUUGUAAAAAUUAUAGAUCCUCUUAAAGAUAUAGCGGAAAGUACCGAUCUAGAUAGUGAAUAUUUACAAGAAAAUAAAGAGACUUUAGUGAAGCAGUUGUAUUUCGACAUAAAAAGAAAUCUUGAUUCAGUAAAAAUUGACAACAAAUUAGUUUACUUGAUAAUCGACGACUUCAGCCAUCUUCAUGAUCUAGAUGUUGGAAUUAAGGAGACAUUGAGGUUUCUCCAUUAUUGUAUUAACCUUAUUAAAUCUGAUAAUGUAUGUGUGAUCUUUAACAACCAUGUAUCCACAAUAAUCGAUGAUAUCAUUUCAAAUAAUCUAGAAUAUCUAGCUGAUGUCCACAUUGAAGUAUCAACUUUAAAGACUGGGUACUCUCAAGAAAUUACUGGAUUUCUAACUAUCCGAAGAAAAUCAUCAAUUAAUCAAUAUCAUUAUAAAGCAUUUGAUAGAGGGGUUAAAACAUUCCACCCUGGAGAAUCUAUUUAUCAUUUGUAUAAGUAAUUUAGAAUUCCUUCACUAAUAAAAACUAUUACAAUGUAAAUUUUAUUUUGAUGGUAUUCAUGGAAACUAAAGUGCCUUGAAAUUAAUCAAUGUCAUAAUAUUUCGGCCUAUUUACAUAAAUACAUUUUUAAAACAUUUGUAAACUAUCUUGGAAAAAAUGUAUAUAUAUAUAUAUAUAUUGAUAUCAAUGAUUGUUGAUGACAUCAUCCAAAUUAUAUAUUUAACUUUCAAAACUUCAUUUUUAAACAUUUUAUCAACACAAAAACCACAAAGUACAAUAUUACAAUUAUACAAAUGAAUGAACUCUAAUUUCAAGGGAUUGAAUUAACAAGAGUCAUUGAAUAGUGUUUACAAUAAUCUUAUUUUUAUAUUAAAAUAAAUGCUGGCACAUGUUUACAAAAUAUGAUCAUUUUGCUUAUUAAUUUUCAGAAUAUUAUAGAUUUCUCUUCAUGUAACUCCUCCAUCCCUAAGAAUGAAAAACAACGGAGAUAUUUUUCAGUUCCUGCUCUGUAGCUCCUCUUCUUUCUUCAAAUUCAUAUUUUUUAAUUUAUGUAUUAGUCGAUCUCGUUUUUUAUUUGAUCACUACUAUUCUUUGGAAUUCUAAUACUUGAUGGAAGUUUUAUUUUUAAAUAACAGUUCUUAGCACAUUUGGAUAACACAUAGUUUGUAAAUUUGGAAUUACUAAAAUUUCACUGUUUGUCACUUGUUCUAUUAUAGUUUCUUGAAGAUUGACAUCACUAACGAAACAGUUCCUACGAGAGCGGCCAUUUAACAGUUCUAUAGUACAAUUGUCAUUUAAUUUAAAUUUUUCUUUGCUAUAAUAUUUUUAUUCGAAAACGGGAUAUUCUUCUUUAAUCAAAAUUACUUUUUCCGGAUUCUUGGCCAAGUAAGGUUGAGAAGGAAUAAAUAUUUUUUGGUUUUGGAUAACAGGAAAAAUUCAGAGACUUGGGAUUUUAAUAUUGGAACAUGGGUAGCAAAGAUUAUUUUGGAUUUGGAAAAGGUUACCUGUGAGCCCAGAAAGAUAUAAUAUUUUAGAAUAUUAUUAAAUUUUGGAAUUAUUCUUUAUAAAUAGGAUUUAAAUAUUUUAUCAUUUCUAAAAUUUCUUGACUAGAUAUUUCUGAACUAUGGAUUGUAUUUAAUUUAGAAAAUGUUAUUGCGUUUUCAAUAUUAUGUGGAUAAAUAGUUUCUGAUUUUCAAUCUAAAAUGUCAAUUAAAAUUUUUGUUCUGCUCGUCAUUUGUUGAGACAAGUUAUGGUGUGAAAUAGGAUUUGUUGCAUUCACUUGUAUUAAACUAUUUCUUAAAGUAUAAAAAUAUUGUAUUAAAUUGUCUAUCUGCUUAUUUAGAUCUUAUGUUUAGUAUAUAUAAGUUUGCAUGGUCCUAAAUUAACUGGUAACAACAAAUUUUUUAUAUGUGUAAUUUUUACAUCCUCAGUUUUAAUCUUCUUGUAAAUCAACGUUGCGAAUUUUAGAAUUCAUUUUAGGUUUUCUGAUUGAUUUUUAUGAUAAGUUCCUUUAUUUGUUUCCAAAAGUAUACCAGAGUCUUUUGUAAUUUCAGCUUUUUUGAAUUUAGAUAAUUUUAUUCUUACAUAUGCUAUUUCUUGAUUUGAAUAUAAGGGAAGAUCAGUUCUAUUUUAAUUUCUUUUAUUAAUUAUUCUUUUUUUCACUUCAGUGUUUUUAUCUUUAAUUUUAUAGUAUAAUAAAUUUCAAGCUUCUUUAUGAUUUUGGAUAUAGUGAGAUAUUACCAAAUGGUUGCUUAAAUCGAAAGGAUCUGGACUAUUUAUAUGACCUUUAAUUAUUUCAAAGUGUGUAAAUUAGGUAACAGAAUGAAUAGAAUUAUUAUAUGCAAGAAUUGAAUUUUCAUUAUUUGAUCUGGUGUCAAAUCUUUAUUUGUUUCUCUUAAAUAUCUAAAAUGUUCAAUUAGACUAGAAUGAAAUCUUUCGGUGAAUUAGAAUUACUGUUACUUGCUUACACUAUAUAACAGCAAUUUAAUUUCAUAUACUUUACAAAAGUUUUGUAGGUCAUUGUUUUUGAACUCUGAACCACAGUCAGCUGUUAUUUUAUACCAUAAACCGUGAUGAGUGAUAUAGUUUAAUAGAUUAUCAACAAUGGAAAUUCCAUUUACACUUGAAAUGGGAUAUGCUGACCGUAAGGAGAGAAACGUUGAACUCAUUGGUCUGUUCUGUUUAAUUUAGGUACUGUUUUUUUGCAUUGUAUUUGUAUUUUUUAUAUUAUUUUCUUCUUUUUUUUAGUUAAAUAAACAAAGUUAUCAAUUAUAUUAUUAAAUUUCUUAUAUAUUCUAAUUAAUAAUUUUUUUUAAUCAAUUCUAGUUUCUAAAAGUAUCCUAACUAUUCUAUAUAUUUUACUUAUCCUAAUUUCUAUUGAUUCUAAAUCUUAUCUAUUUCUAUAACAUAUUAAAAAAGAAUGAAAGGUCUUAAUACCAAAAAAUGAUAAUAUUUAUGGUUCCAAAAUAGUUCUUCUAUUAUCUUUUCCUUUAGUAUCGCAUUUAAUUUUUUGUAUUCAAAUUCAAAUACUCAUAUUUAUUAUUCCUAUCAAAUUGUUUGUUAAUUGUUUCCCUCUCAAUUUUCUCAUUUUCAUUGUUCAUUUCUCUUUUAUCAUAUUAUUUUGAUUGAGUAUAUUCAAUAUAUUUGUAUUUCAUUCAGGUUCUAUAAUAUACCAUUCGUUUUCUUAUAUUUAAUUCUCCAUCUUUAUUACAUUAUUUAUUUUUUUCUUCCAUUGUCAUAUCAUUAUCUAUUUCAAUUAGUUUUUUCCUCCCAUUUUUAAUUCAUCUAAUCCCGUAUAUUGUAAUUCUACAUCUAACUUCUCUUUAUCAAAUAAUUUUAUUUCUAAUUCUUCUAUUAUAUCAUUAUUCAUUUCUUUUACCAUUAUAAUAUUUUCUUCUGAGUUCUUUUCUGGAUUGUUUUUCUCUUCUUUUAUAUUUAAUUUAGUAAAUGUAUUUAAUAAAGUAUCUCUCCCUUACUCAACUGAUUGAUAGAGUAAAAAAAGGAAAAAUUGUAAAAGUAAGGAGACUUGGCACUUACCGCGAUCUGAAGUUGCUGUUCCUCGAAGAAAACGUAGAAUUCUCGCUUCUGUAUUGAAAUACUUAGACGAGUCUUUCAUCGCACUAUGCGUAAAAUCGCGACUGCACGAAUUUUACUACGACUGUGCCAAUUAUAUAUUUAACUUUCGAAACUCCAUUUUUAAAAAUUUUAUUAACACAAAAAACACAAAUUACAAUAUUACAAUUAUACAAACGACGAACUCUAAAGCAAUUGAAUUAACAAGAUUCAUUACAUAGUGUUUACAACAAUCCUAUUUUUAUAUUAAAAUAAAUGCUAACACGUGUUUACAAAAUAUGAUCUUUUAGCUUAUUAAUUUUUAGAAUAUUCUAGAUUUUUCUUAAUGUAACAUCCACAAAUUUUUUUGUGUAUAAAAAGAGAUAAAAUAUAAUAAGUCA